AUGGAGAUCAUCUACACGUAUACGCGGAAGCGCAGCGAGUUCGGCCGCCCCUGCAACUUCUCCGACUCGCCGGCCAAGGUGAACGUGGACAUCCUUCCCGAGCCCAGCCUGGCUGACGACUUCAUCCUGAGGAACCCCGUGUGCAGCUCCGUCCAGCACGGCAGCGACAUGUCGGAGCACGAGGUCAACACCGAGAACGUGAAGGUGGAAUCCCGCGGUGUCAACCACGUAGAGGGCGGUUGGCCCAAAGAUCUCAACCCACGGGACACGGAGCAAACCGCCCGCUUCAGGAAGAGAGUGGAGAAGGACGAACACUACAUCAACACCGUCCUGCACCUUGGCCCCCACUGCGUCAGGCAGAACAACGCCAUCGACAUCUACGAGGAGUACUUCGAAGAGGAGGAGGUGGCGGAGGCGGAAGACGAGCCCCCCUCUGCAAAAGCCGUCAAUGUCAUCAGGGAUCCAAACCUAACCAAGAGGACAGCCACGCGUCUCUCCUGGCACCCCAACGCAUGUAAGAAGCUGGCGGUGGCUUAUUCCAGCCUGGAGUUCCAGCAAAACGUGAAAGACAUGAGCUUUGACUCGUACAUCUGGGAUCUUGAAAACCCCAACAAGCCAGAGCUGGUUCUCAAGCCAUCGUCGCCUCUCGUGAGCCUGGAAUACAACCCCAAAGACUCGCACGUCCUGGUAGGAGGAUGCUACAACGGGCAGAUGG